AUGUUAUAUAUAUAUAUGCUCGCACACGCUUUCCCCCCCCCAUCUCUUAUAACUUCCUUCGAAGAUCAUCAUACCACAUCGCAUAUGUCUCGCAUUAAGAAAUCACAAUUCGUAAAAUAUCCAAUACAUCAGCUGGAUUAUAACUCUGUCCAACUAACAGACUCACCAUUAGAUGACUACCAGAAAUUAUAUUUCGAUCAUCCCUUCGAGAAAUUGCAGUUUCAUAGCUCAACAUAUAAAUCAAACGUCGCAACAAAAUUUUAUAAGGAAAAUUACUACACCAUCGAUCCAAUACAAAAAUCAAACCAUCAGCUCAAUUGUCUCGAGUAUCAAUUUCCAAAUUUACAACUCCACAGUAACCCUAACGCCACACUUCAAGCAGUGAUAAUAUCGAACGACAUUUCCACGACGCCAGUCCAUGUAAAGAAAACGUCAAAUGAUAAUGAAAUCGUCUACUCGUUGACGAAGAAUCAAAAAUUCAAAUUACAAAAAUUAGACCAUGAUUUAGAGACAACGGGGAAGGUUAUUAACCCAAAUAACUGCGUCAUUUGGUCUUCCGAUACCGGUUAUGUUUUCAUGACGGGAAUUUGGAGAGUUUAUCAGGAUAUAAUGAAGGGUCUAAUUACGAUAGAUAGAAACGAUCAUAACAACAGUGAAAAAGAUCAAUCAUAUUGUAAUCAGGAAUUUCAAAACACAACCAAUAAGAUUAUUUCAAAUAAAAAAUCAACUUUGUUAAGGAAAGAUCGUUACAUCGAAUUACAUUGGCAAAAUAUAACUGCAACUAUGAAAACUCAAUUAUUUAAUGAAUUUAAAAAUUACGUCCUAGAACAUGAACCAAAUGUUGACGCAACACUCUUUCAAAACUAUAAUAUGGCCGACCUUAUUCAUAGAAUCCGUGGUGGCUGUAUUAAAGUUCAAGGAACUUGGUUCCCCAUGGAAUUGGCAAAAUUAUUUUGUAUCAAAUUUGCCUUCCCAAUAAGAUACUUGUUAGUACCAAUCUUUGGCCCGCAAUUCGUUAAAGAUUGUGAAGAUUAUUUUCUAAAAGACAAGUUUAAUGAUUCAAUGUCAAUAAUAUCUGACCAAUUAUCAAUUUCACCAGGUGCAAUCUCUCCAUUAACUAAAAAAAAUGAAUUAUUCUUCGAAAAUAACCCAAGGAAAAGAUCAAACUCAAUUUCAAAAGUGUAUCCAUUGAAGAGAAAUAGUGAUACAAUGGCAAAUAAAUUCCAGAAUUUUUUCAACAAUCAACACAUUGACGAUUUAACCGUCGAAAGAAGAUUAUCAUUACCGGCAAUAAAUACUGUUGUCGCAUCACCAGCUUCCUCAAUUGCAUCAUUAAACGGUAGACAAAGUGAAAGGCUACCUUCUAUUAAUUCUUUAUUGGAUUCAUUACCACCAAAUCUAAAUACAACAAGGAGAAAUAGUAUUGAUUUAACAAAUCCAACAAAUUACAAAAUACAAAUCAAUGACCCUGCAUCAUCAGACACAAUCAAAUUUUUUAACCCAUCAUAUUCUGUCAUGGUCCCCUCACAAAAUAAUAGGUCUAGAAUUUCUUCCAUUGAUACAUACCCUAAUGAAAACGAUUACAAUUCAAGAAAUUCUGUCCCAGAAGUCAUUUAUUCACCACGACAAAAUCAUCCACAGGGACCAAGGAUCCUCUCACAUUAUUAUCACAACCAAGAUUCAUUUACCAUAUUCCCAAAUUUUUAUAAUUUCUCUCCUCAGGGAAACAAUUCCAAAAAUAAAAAACUAAUAAUAUUCAUUAUCGUUAUGGGAACAAAUAUUAAUCCAAAAAAAAACAAACUAUUGGCACCGUAA